CAAGGGUGCGAGGCCAUCGAAUCCACUACGCGGAUAGUCCUCAUUACUUUGAAAGCGGGCGUCACUGUGGAAACCCUACCGCACCAGGAACGAAUAGCCGGUGGGAUCACGCUCGUGGUGGCACCUGGACGCGCCCCGCUCUGCCUCAAGUGCCACCGCACUGGCCAUAUCCGUCGUGAGUGUCGUACACCACGUUGCAACCAGUGUCGUCGGUACGGACAUGAGACCAACAAUUGCGUUCGGUCCUACGCGGCUGUUGCUGGCCCUGUAGGAGGGGAAGAUACGUCCGACUUCAACAUGGAUGAGGCGGAGGCCAAUGAGGCAGGAGCUCCGAAGGAGGCGGUGCCCGAAUCAACGCCGGAGACAACGAAUAGAGGCAAGAUGGCAGCCGUGAGCAGCGAUAAACCAUCUGGUGCUGCCGCUCUAACAGUUUGUUUGGUCAGGACUGAUGCCUGUUCGAGCGUCGCAUCCUCAGAAGACCAUGAACAGUCGUGCACCGGUAGAGAGGAAACCAAGGACAUCACCAUGGCUGAAGCUGGCACCCUGGCCGUUAAAAGGACACGAGAGACGGAGCCAAGGGUGACAGGCGCCUCCAGUGUAUGCGCAGAUGCUGAGCCGCCAUGGAAAACGCUGCCCGUGUUCCUUUACUUUUAUAUCUAA